AUGCAAGUCGGGGGAAGAUUUAUUUCCUCGCCGUCGACCUCAUCUUCCAGGGGAGGUUUAUCUUCUUGUGCUGGUGGGAGCAAGAAGAUUCCAACAAGAUCUUCUCUGACGCAAGCGUGGAGCGAAAAUCGCCAGCGGGAUACUUCUGGCCGCACUUCUUGCGGCUCUUCGCCGUUGACGUCGUCGUGUGCUUGCGGAUUAGUUUGUUCUGGGGAUGAUAUUGAUUCGCCGAAGUCGUGGACCGGGACUCCGUGUCCGAAGGAGAUGAACUCACUUUCGGGCUCUGCAACUCCGGUUCAUGGCAGCUGCACCGGUGAAAAAGUAGAUCUACCGGCAUGUCCUUUGAAGAUCUCCUCAGUGCGCAAAGCAGGAUCCGGAGAACCAGCAGCGGGAUCGGUUUCUGCUGCUACCAGUCAUGGAGCGACAGGAAAUAGUAAUCCGGUUCUUGCAGCAAGUGGUCCAGUUUCAGGAUCAGGCUCGACUCCUUGUCAGAGCACCGGAAACGCUAGAAGCAGCAGUUUCAUCAAUUAUCCUCCCUGCUACGAUGUGCG